CCCCUUACAGUGAGCGCGGCUCUCUGAAGAGGCACGUGUUCUACUGAAUGGAGCUGGUCGCUGGUUGCUACGAGCAGGUCCUUUUUGGGUUCGCUGUACGCCCGGAGCGCAAGGCAAGCGGCGACCACGAGGAGAAAUGGACUCCUGUGGCUGACUUCACUCAUCAUGCCCACACGGCCUCCUUGUCAGCGGUGGCUGUAAAUGGUCGUUUUGUAGUCACUGGGAGCAAAGAUGAAACAAUUCAUAUUUAUGAUAUGAAAAAGAAGGUAGACCAUGGAGCUCUGGUGCAUCACAAUGGCACAAUAACUUGCCUAAAAUUCCACGGCAACAGGCACUUAAUUAGUGGGGCAGAAGAUGGACUCAUUUGUGUCUGGGAUGCAAAGAAAUGGGAGUGCCUGAAGUCAAUUAAGGCUCACAAAGGACACGUGACCUUUCUUUCUAUUCACCCAUCUGGCAAGUUGGCUCUGUCUGUGGGUACAGAUAAGACAUUAAGAACAUGGAAUCUUGUGGAAGGAAGAUCGGCAUUCAUAAAAAAUAUAAAACAAAAUGCUCACAUAGUGGAAUGGUCCCCCAAAGGAGAGAAAUAUGUAGUUGUCUUACUAAAUAAAAUAGAUGUCUAUCAUCUUGACACAGCAUCUGUUAGUGGCACCAUCACAAAUGAAAAGAGAGUAUCUUCUGUUACGUUUCUUUCUGAGUCUGUCCUUGCAGUGGCUGGAGAUGAAGAAGUUAUAAGGUUUUUUGAUACUGAUUCAUUAAUGUGUCUCUGUGAAUUUAAAGCUCAUGAAAAUAGGGUAAAAGACAUGUUCAGUUUUGAAAUUCCAGAGCAUCAUGUUAUUGUUACAGCAUCAAGUGAUGGUUUCAUCAAAAUGUGGAAGCUUAAACAGGACAAGAAAGUUCCCCCAUCUUUACUUUGUGAAGUAAAUACUAACGCCAGGCUGACGUGCCUUGGAGUGUGGCUAGACAGCAUGACAGACCCGAAAGAAAGCCUUCCUCCAGCUGCAGAGCCUUCUCUAGUAAAUAAAGAAGAAAAGUCAAAAAGCAGCAAAAGGGAAUCUGGUGAUGCAGUGCAGGAAGAAAAAAGGCAGUCAAAACCUAGCGUGAAGAAAUGUGGUUUAACUGGUGUCAGUAAGAAGCCAACAAAAGGAAGUGGCCUGGUGUCAACCAAGAAGAGAAAAAUGGUAGAAACAUUGGAAAAGAAGAGAAAAAAGAAGAAAGUAUGAAUAAAUGCAGUGAAUUCAGAUUUCUCCUAAGAGAAAAACUUUUUAGAUGGAAUCAUUCUUUUCAAAUGUAUCUAAUUUUUUCCUCCAAGUAAAAGCUAGGAAUUUCCUCUUUGGGAGAAAAUGUACAACUUAAAAAAUCACCAAGUCACUUUCAGUUUUUUGUUCUUUUUUUUUAAACAGUGGCAAAACUUUUUAGUAGGCAAUAUAUAUCAUGAUAUAUAUUAUGUUAAUGUGUAAUAGAGUUUUUACUGUUGUAUAAAGCAAAUAAAGUUCUCUCUCAAAAUAAUGUAGUUUAAUACAAAAUCACAACAAUCUUGAAUACAUUUUUACCAGAGGUAAAUAAGAGAGUUUAAGGGCAGGAAAAGUGACAUUUCUUUUUUUGCCCAUUUCAAGCCAUAAAAAAUUCAUGUGACUAACAGGUACUUUUAAAUUUCAGCAUGUUGAUUAUAUUUUCAUCAUCAUUUACCUUCUUUCCUCAUAGAUAUUGGAUGUUUCAAAAACAUGCAUUAAUAGAGGAUUUAUAGAUUCUACUUAGCUGGGCAAAUGUUGAAUCCCUCCUGACUUGGCAAAAUCAGAUAUCUGACACUUGGACUCUGGAAAUGCCACUCUUUUUAGAGGAGGAAGUCCUUCAGGAAAUGAACCAAAUUGUCUGUCUGACAUUUCAAUGUACCUCUUUGUUAACUUAUUUCAGGCCUGUAAACUAAGAUGAAGAUAGGGGGUUUUUUUGUUUGUUUGUUUGCUUUCAAGAUUAUUUUCUUAAGAGUAGUUCUGGGGUUAUAAAAUUGAGAAGAUUGAACAGAUUUUUCUGGUGCCCCUGUAGCCCCUGCCACUAUCAGCAUCGCUCACAAGAAUGGUACAUUUUUUUACCAAGGGUGAACCUACAUCGACACAUCAUAAUCAAGUUUAACUUGCGAAUCACUUUUUUUUUUCAGUCCUCACCUGAGGGCACCCUUUUACUGCCUUCUGAAAGGGAGAAAGGGAGAAAGGGAAAUAGCGAUGUGAGAGCGAGGCAUUGAUUGGUUGCCUCCCCUACGCGAUCAGACCGGAGAUUGUAUGGGCCCAGGCUGAGGGUGAAACCUGCAACUUACGCAUGUGCCCCAACUGGGAAUCGACCUGCAACCUCUUGGUUGCAGGAACCAUGCUCCAGCCAACUGGGCCACACCAACAAGGGCAGGGGGCUACUUUUGGUGUACUUUCUAUGGGUU